GCCACGUCACCCCGCGGCAUGGGCGUGAAUCAUUCAUCCGCAUUUCUCUUGGAUGAUGUGAGCAGAGAAAUGGGGCGUUGUGGAAACGCAGAUAUUCAUUCGUUGAUGAACAGACCAAGUUACCGUGUUGUCUCCAAGAGAGGAGCUUCAAGAAAGGAAGGGAAGCCAGCCCGCCUCUUGCUCAAAGAGUACUGACACUGCAAUGGGCAAAGAGGGACGAGCAGAAGACUUCGAACACAAACAGCACUUGGCAAAAGACACCAUCCAAACAUCUGAGGGGAGGUUUUACCUUUCAUGCCUGGAACCGAUUGGGAGUGUUCUCUUUUAAUACCUUGGAAAGCAAUCUUCGUCUUGUUUUUUUGUUGUUGUUUUUUUACAUACAUUUUUUAUGAACAAGAAAAACAUGGCUAAGUUGUUCCGAGCUGCUAUUAUGGGUCCUCCGGGGUCAGGUAAAGGAACCAUAUCCGAGAGAAUUGCGCAAAGUUUUGGCCUGCAAUAUCUCUCCAGUGGGCACUUUUUGCGUGAGAGCAUCGCGGCAAAUACAGAGGCAGGUAUGCAGGUAAAGACUUAUGUGGAGAGAGGCAUGCUGGUGCCUGAUCAUGUGAUGACCAAGCUGAUGAUGCCCAGACUGGAACAAUUAAGUUGCCAAAGCUGGCUUUUAGAUGGUUUUCCACGGACAUUUGCACAGGCACAGACCCUGAACGGUUUGUACCAGCUUGACAUGGUCAUCAGCCUCAACAUCCCUUUUGAAACGCUUAAAGACAGACUCAGCGACCGCUGGAUCCACCCGGGUAGCGGCCGAGUAUACAACAUGGGCUUCAACCCGCCGAGAGUGCAGGGCAAAGAUGACGUCACCGGGCAGGACCUGAUUCAGCACGAUGACGACAAACCAGAAGCUUUGAUGGCCAGACUGAGACACUACAAAGAUGUGGCUAAGCCCGUCAUCGACUUAUAUAAGUCACAAGGAAUCCUGCACUCAUUUUCGGGUACAGAAACCGAUCGGAUUUGGCCGUACAUCAACUCUCUCCUCAGCAGCAAGAUGCACACAAAGCCAUUACAUGCCUGUCAGAGUCAGGCGCCCUGAAUUUCAGAAAAGACCGCAGAGAACAUCAAGAAGACGGUCAAUAGGUCGCCAUUCAGGUCUUGUUCAUCAUUGGAAUGGAGAACUAACAGUCACCGAAAUGCUUUAUAGAUAUUUGCAAUGAUAUAGUGGAAUUAUAUUUAGUCCAACACUCACCCAGAUAUAAGAACAAUUUUAGUAUGCUUCAAAACAGUCUACACAAUAUAUUCGUAUCUGAUUACACACAAAGACUUGAGCUGCAUGCAUGCAACAAUGGCAAAGAUACUGAAACAGUCGUUUUUUGAUGUAGUUCAUCACCCUCUCAAUGUGUGAGUUCUAUUUAAACUUUGUAUAUCCUAACGCAACAUUUUUUUCCCACUAUGUUGAGAAUCUCAACUCAGAAGAUGAUCACUUCUAGUCCACGAGACUUGUUACAAAAAGGAAGUUGAACUGGAGCCACUAAGCAGGACCUGGUGUAUAAACUAGUUUAGGGGUGCCCAAACUUUUUUCUCCACGCCCCAAAUUGAAAAUGUGUUAAUGAGCUAUGGACCAAACACAGUGAUUAUAAAUGUGAAAAACAAAUAUACUGAAUGUAAAUAAAAUUCCUUUAAAUUACUGCAAAAAA